GGUAUCACCAAGAUUUUUUGAGCUGGUUGUUGAAUCCACCUUCAAUUUGAACAUCAAGAUUGUAACCACCACCUAUCAGCUAUACCACUCAUAAUCCUCCCCGUUACCCUACCGCAUCUUCUUUAAUUGCCCAUUAUAUUGUUUUAAAUGUCUGUACCAAGCACAAUGCCUCCGGGCAAACCCAUGCCAAAUUUUGCGGCAUCAACACCACAAUCAUCAGUCUGGGAUCGCAUAACCACAUGGGCUUCCGAGAACAAGGCAGUUGUAUAUACAAUCGCUGGUGUGGCAGUAGUAGUUUCCGGCGCUGGAGUUGCAUACUAUUUAUUAGACUCGAAGGACUCCACAUCUACCCAAAGCGUGCCAAAGAAGUCAAAGGAAAAGAGGCGAAGGAAGAAGGAAGAAAAGAAGGAAGCCGAUUUAGAGAAGGGAACCACACCACCCGAUAGCAAACCUAGAACACAAGCCGAGAUUGUGGAUGAGCUUCCUGAGGUUGACGAAAACACCGUGGGAAGCCUAUCGGAUCAACAACGCAAAGAUUAUGCCGCAAAGUUGAAAGCAGCUGGUAACACCGCAUAUGGAGCCAAAGACUAUCCUCGAGCCAUCGAUCUUUAUGGGAAAGCCAUCCUUUGCAAGCCAGAUCCUAUCUUCUAUUCGAACCGCGCUGCAUGUUACAACGCUCUCGGCGAAUUCGAGAAGGUUAUUGAGGAUACUACUGCCGCGAUCAAUCUCGAUAGUGGAUAUGUAAAGGCCCUGAACCGUAGAGCAAAUGCUUAUGAACAUACCGAGAAAUUCAGUGAGGCUCUACUCGACUUUACAGCCAGCUGUAUUAUCGAUGGCUUCCGCAAUGAGCAAAGCGCACAAUCUGUUGAGAGGCUGCUCAAAAAGGUAGCCGAGUCGAAGGCAAAGGUCAUUCUUGAGGCCAAGGAUAAGAAGCUUCCAAGCCCAACAUUCGUUACCAACUACCUCCAAAGUUUCCGAUCAAAACCCGCGCCUGCAGGAUUAGAAGAUAGCGCUGAGCUAUCAGAGGAAACAGGAAAGGGUCAAUUACAACUUGGACUACGAGCUAUGGCAAAGAAGACCAACGAGGGAUAUGAAGAUGCUUCAGCCGCAUUUGAGAAGGCCUUGGAUUUGGGCGAUCUCGGUGAACAUGAAGCUUUUGCGUACAACAUGCGUGGAACAUUCAGAUACCUUCGUGGCGUACAAAUCGACGCUCUAAGUGAUUUGAGCAAGAGUAUCGAACUGUCGCCUGACUACACACAAAGUUAUAUCAAGCGUGCAAGCAUGCAUUUGGAACUUGGUGACAAGGACGCCGCUGCUGCAGAUUUCGAUAAAGCUAUGGAACAGCAUGACGAUGACCCUGAUAUCUACUACCACCGCGCCCAACUCAAUUUCAUUCUCGGAGAACUUUCACAAGCAGCAAAGGACUACCAAAAAUCCAUUGAUCUUGAUCGGGAUUUCAUCUUCUCGCACAUUCAACUCGGCGUUACCCAAUAUAAGAUGGGCUCAACCGCAUCGUCGAUGGGAACAUUCAGACGCACAAUCAAAGCAUUUGAAGAUGUGCCUGAUGCAUACAACUACUACGGAGAGCUUUUGUUAGAUCAGCAGAAGUAUGAUGAAGCUAUUUCACAAUUCGAGAAGGCCGUCGAGUUGGAGAAGCAAACUAAACCAUUAGGCAUGAGUGUUCUUCCACUCAUCAACAAAGCUCUUGCUCUUUUCCAAUGGAAGCAAGAUUUCAGUGAGGCUGAGAAGCUUUGCGAAAAGGCCCUUAUCAUCGACCCUGAGUGUGAUAUCGCUGUUGCAACCAUGGCACAACUACUUCUUCAACAAGGCAAGGUAACUGAAGCACUUAAGUACUUUGAGCGAGCAGCAGAAUUAUCUAGAACCGAAGGAGAAAUUGUCAAUGCUUUGAGCUAUGCUGAAGCUACGAGGACACAAUUGGAAGUCCAGGAGAAAUAUCCAGAAUUGGCGAGUAGAUUAGCGGGCAUGAGCGGACUCGGAGGAGCUGGUAUGCGUUAAUUCUCAAGCAAUUGAGAGGUUCGGAUGUGUUGAGUGAUAUGAUAAAAUGAUGAUUUUAAUAUCAUGAAUGAAUGGAUGGAUAAAGUGGUUGGAACAUAAUCAGCACAGACGUAUCGAGAAUGUUGAGGUUCAAUGGAUGUGUUGACUCCAUGAUUUGAUCUUGAGUAAAAAAGAAAGGCAGAACGAAAACACAAUUCAAUGUAAAAUUAUUAUUUUUCAACUCACGGUGAAGGCUUGGUCCACUCACUCAUGAAUAUUUGGAGGUCUGGGUGAGAUGGGGGAGGGAGUUUGUAAUAUAAUACGAGGGGAUGAGUUAUGAGAGAUGUAUGAAUGUGAAUAGGGGCAACCAUGGUUGAGAUUAGUGGGUGAACAUGUAUUGGUAAGUACGAAUGUAUUCAUAUGUUCA